CCUCUCUCUCUCUCUCUACUAAAAGUCUCCCCUCCCUCUCUUUUUACUAUAUAUACAGAACCCCCCGCAAACAUGCUCUUUUUUUCUCCUCUUUUUCUCUCUUGUGUCUUCUCGCCGACGACGACCUUCCGGCGAAAUCGCCGGUUUUCUACCACCGGAAUAUCUCAUCAUCUUCCUCAUUUAAGCUCUGCAAGAAUAUUUUUGGUUUUGAGAGUUGAGUAAGCAUGGAUGGUACUAAAGAGUAUGGACUUAGGAAAGUGAGUUCCCAUUGCUCAAUCUCCGAAAUGGAUGAUAUUGAUCUCUCGAAGCUUCUUGAGAAACCGAGGCUAAACAUAGAGAGGCAGAGGUCAUUCGACGAGCGUUCACUCAGUGAGUUGUCUAUUAAUGUACCAAGAGGCCUAGAGUACCUUGAGAACACUUACUCACCUGCGAGGUCGGUGUUGGAUACCCCAACGUCAUCAACUCGGAACUCUUUUGAGCCACAUCCAAUUGUUGCUGAAGCUUGGGAAGCUCUCCGUCGGUCUUUGGUAUUCUUCCGGGGUCAACCGGUUGGCACUAUUGCAGCAUAUGACCAUGCUUCAGAGGAAGUUCUAAAUUAUGAUCAGGUUUUUGUCCGAGAUUUUGUACCUAGUGCACUAGCUUUCCUAAUGAAUGGAGAGCCAGAUAUAGUUAAGAACUUCCUCUUGAAGACACUUCAGCUUCAAGGGUGGGAAAAGAAAAUAGACAGAUUCAAGCUUGGAGAAGGUGCAAUGCCAGCUAGUUUCAAAGUUCUUCAUGAUCCUGUCCGUAAAACCGAUACUAUAAUAGCAGAUUUUGGUGAGAGUGCGAUUGGAAGAGUUGCUCCAGUUGACUCUGGAUUCUGGUGGAUUAUUCUGCUCCGUGCAUAUACGAAGUCUACCGGAGAUCUAACACUGGCAGAAACUCCUGAGUGCCAAAAGGGGAUGAGGCUUAUACUGUCCCUGUGUCUGUCAGAGGGAUUUGAUACAUUUCCAACUCUGCUCUGUGCCGAUGGUUGCUCAAUGAUUGACCGAAGAAUGGGUAUUUAUGGGUAUCCUAUUGAAAUCCAAGCACUCUUCUUUAUGGCAUUGAGGUGUGCUUUGCUAAUGCUUAAACAUGAUGCAGAAGGGAAAGAGUUUGUGGAGAGAAUAGUAAAGCGGUUGCAAGCCUUGAGUUAUCACAUGAGGAGUUAUUUCUGGCUUGACUUCCAACAGUUAAAUGACAUAUACCGCUAUAAAACUGAGGAGUAUUCUCACACUGCAGUAAAUAAAUUUAAUGUAAUUCCUGAUUCUAUCCCAGAAUGGGUAUUUGAUUUUAUGCCAACGCGUGGUGGCUAUUUUAUUGGCAAUGUCAGUCCUGCAAGGAUGGAUUUUCGAUGGUUUGUUUUAGGUAACUGUAUUGCUAUCUUAUCUUCUCUUGCCACUCCUGAGCAAUCUGCUGCUAUUAUGGAUCUUAUUGAAGCACGCUGGGAGGAGCUGGUAGGAGAAAUGCCUUUAAAAAUAUGCUAUCCUGCAAUAGAAAGUCAUGAAUGGCGAACUGUAACCGGUUGUGAUCCGAAGAAUACCAUAUGGAGUUACCAUAACGGGGGAUCUUGGCCAGUGCUCUUGUGGAUGCUAACGGGUGCCUGCAUCAAAACGGGACGGCCACAAAUAGCAAGACGAGCAAUCGAUCUUGCCGAGAGCCGUCUGCUCAAAGACGGGUGGCCGGAAUAUUAUGACGGGAAACUCGGGAGAUACAUCGGAAAGCAAGCAAGGAAGUUUCAGACAUGGUCAAUCGCGGGUUAUUUGGUGGCAAAGAUGAUGUUGGAGGAUCCCUCACACUUGGGAAUGAUCUCCCUGGAGGAGGACAAGCAAAUGAAGCAUGUAAUUAAGAGAUCCUCAUCCUGGACUUGUUGAUCAAGAGCUCAAGCAAGCAAGAGAACAUAUAGCUGAGUAGAUAUCAACCAACGUUAUUUCUUCGUUACAAAAGCACCAUUCUUUGGCGAUCUCCGUCCUCUCAGGUUUGAUAAAAAUUUUGGUUGUGUAUAGCAACAUCUGCCGAGACUAGUCUCUUUGCUUCUCAAAUAAAAGACAUUUUGAUGAUGAUGAUGCUAAAAGACAUUUUGAUGAUGAUGAUGAUAAUGAUAUUUGUGCUUCAACUCUUCAAAGGUGGUAAUUUGGAAAUGGAAUUCUCUAAUUAUUUGGGGGAGACACUAUGGGUGAUGUUUCAAAGUAAUUUAUAUACACAAAUGUGACACAGCCUCCUGAAGAAGUGGUUUCAAAGUUACCUCUGUUUCUGUAGCAAAAGGAUGUCGGCCUGGUUGGCUAAUACUUUUGCAUCUUGUUUUUUGCUUUUGCUAGUGUAGAAUGCAAAGCACAAAACAUGUUUGGUAACGUAUGUUGUCAUUUGAAUAGGAUUGAAGCACUUCGAAAUUGAGGUCAAAA